AGACGCGCGCGUAAGCUAUCUUUUCAAAAAUAGAUGUUAACUCUGCGAAGGAGAGCGAAGAGAAUUUCGAUUGGUCAGCACUCAUCUGGGGUUUUCCCUACAAAAAAAAUAUGUAAAAACAAAGUUUCUCUUUACGUUUGGCUCACUGUAGAACUCGUGGCGCAUGAAUGUGCAUAAAAGAAGCUCGUAGUAUUUACGUAUGUAAUCAGAGCAAAGAAAUCACAACCAAUUUCGUUGGUGUUAUUAUAAAACUGGAAGAAAAUUGCAUAAAAAGUUUUUAACAUUUCUUGUACUACAAAAUUAGUUUAUUGAGUUAGUUUGAGAUUUGUUUAUCAAAAAUCAAUAUUCGUUCCAUGUUUCCUAAAUGCUCUAAGAUUGGUGUCGAAAUAUGGGAUUUCAAAGUACUGGAGAACAGGGAUUUAAUGACAAAAGUUUAAUGGCUUCAUGUGUAAACGAAAUUAAUGUUGACGCGAACGACUCAAAAAUGGAUGAUGAUGUUAACAACGAAUGUAAGAAUUCUACUAAUGGAAGAAUAAAUGCUGUUUUAGAAAACAUCAGAUUAUUUUUUGAGUCAAGUAAACGGAACAGAUCUGGUUCUAAUACAACUGUUUACAGCGCGCAAAAUUCUUUACCUUCGUCGUCUGGCUACCAAAGUUUGGAUACAAGUUUAGAACUGGAAGAAUCCUAUAUAAAAGUCGCGAAAUUUACAGAUACGGAAGAAAAGACGGAGUUCAGUCAUUACGGUACCUUAAAAGAAUACCAAGAAAUGGAACAACAACAGAAGCUAGCUGCCAAAAUCAAAGAACUCAUCGAGAGCAAUCCAACCAAUACGAUCAAAAUGUCGGAUUAUCUAACGCUGCGUACUGCAGGGGAUGUUAUGAACCUAUCCAAGUGUGAGCCUUACGGAUUAAAAGGCUGUAAACUCAUUCUCAUUAUAGACAACAACGGACAAACCAUCGAUCUGGGAAGCGUGUAUCCUGAGAAAGGUAUUGUUUGUACGUUUGAGAUCACACUGGUUCUUCACAUCAAACUGAAUCCAUGUCGCAGACUUCCCUUUUUCAACUGCAAACAAGCAGUCAUGAAUGUUCUAGAGCAGUAUGAACUUAGAAAGGAGAAAAUGUACACGGGAAAGAAAAGAAGGGCAUCGCCCGUUUUUCUUAGCUAACACAUGUCCCAUCUUUGAUUAGUUCAUUUAGGGAAUUUAGAAUUUUGAAAAUCAAGCACGGCAACCGAUUAAUCAAUAUUUGAUAUGCUGGUUACGACAGAUUUUUAAGAUCCGUCGGCUGCUGGUUGAAUGGCGCUGUCUUAAAACGAAAAAGUAUGUAUUAUUCUUAAUGUUUGCCUCUGAAAGGGGAAAUUUAUAUUCCAAUUAUAUGGAUAUCUUUGCUUGCUAUUUUUUAAUUAUAAAUUGUCUUAUUUGAAUGGAGACUUUCAAGGAGACUUAAAAAAUUAGUGAUAUGUAGUACUUUGCUUUAUUUGAACGCUGUUAUAAUAUAAGAAAAGUCUCCAAGAAGGAGCUUUUAAAAAACAAUUAUGUCCAACAAUACAAUGGGAUUGAUUUUUUUGUAAUUCUAUAUCUUUUUUUUUUAAGUUAACUAGUGAUUUCACAGUGGAAAUAGAUAUCCAAUUUUAAUUUCAUCUUAAUUUUCUUAUUUUUAUUUUACAAUUAAUUGCAACAAAAAUGUUCAUUUACAUUUUUUUGUUUUGUUUUUUUACUUUAGUACUUUUCAUAUUUUUAUUUUCAUAUUUUUUUUUAUAAGGAAGGUUAAGUCUCAAUGGCAUUCGUUAAAGAUCUUCUUCAGCAAGAAUACUUUAUUUUAGAAUAAGUCAUAAUUCCCAAUCCAUACAACACUUCACAAUAAUAGUUAAGACAAAUCUUUCUUCCCAAAAAUUUUUAAGGUGAGGUGCUAAAUUUUUUGGUCAACUUUAUAAAAAGAAAUUUGUUCUGAAAUAAUUUUGUGGAAGUUUGUAGAUGAGUGAGUCUCCUUAGCCAUUUGUAAUUUUUUCUGAUAACCUCGACGUGAUUUUUAACAAAGAUAUGUUUAACGAGCCUA